AUGUUAAAUUUUGCGUCGAGAGCGUCAUGCGUUGCAAGACGUCAGGCAAGCUUAUACCUUAUUAAGAACCAAGGCCCUCGAUUGAUAGCUUCCACAGCUCCUUUAUAUCAAUGGCCCCUGGGAACGCAGGAACUACAACCGUACUGCCCAUCCUCGCUGAGGUUUUACUCCACUGAGAAGACAAAGACUGUUGCCAAGCCCGCAACCUCGACAUCCACCGAUGCUCCUGUCAAGCCUAAGGAGACACUUAUGGUCAAAGUGAAGCAUGCCUUGAAACAUUACGCUAACGGUACGAAGCUUUUGGGUUACGAGUUGAAAGUCUCUACGAAGCUUUUAAUCAAAUUUGCCCAAGGGUACGAAUUAUCCAGAAGAGAAAGGAACCAACUGAAAAGAACAAUGGGUGAUGUGUUCAGGCUGGUUCCCUUUUCAGCAUUCCUUAUCAUCCCGUUUGCCGAACUGUUUUUACCCGUUGCUCUGAAACUUUUCCCCAACUUGCUGCCCUCCACUUACGAAUCCGGUAAGGAUAAGCAGGCUAAGAGAAACAAGUUGAUCGAGAUCAGAAAGAAGACAUCCGAGUUUCUGCACGAAACUUUGGAAGAAUCCAAUCUGAUUACUUACAAUACCAUUGAAAACGCAGAGAAAAAGCAAAAGUUCUUGAACUUUUUCCGAAAACUUUAUUCUGCCAAGGAAGGUAAGAUUAUGAGUUUCCAACACGACGAAAUCAGCGCUAUUGCGCAAAUGUUUAAAAACGACACCGUUCUGGAUAACUUGUCAAGACCGCAAUUAGCAGCAAUGUCGAAAUUCAUGUCUUUAAGACCAUUUGGUAACGAUAACAUGCUUCGUUAUCAAAUUCGUUCCAAACUAAAAGAUAUAAUGAACGACGACAAAACUAUUGAUUACGAAGGCGUUGAAAGCUUAUCGCAAGAAGAACUAUACCAGGCUUGUGUAUCUCGUGGUAUGAAGGCGUAUGGUGUCUCCAAGGAGGACUUAGUUGAUAACCUAAAAAUCUGGCUGCAAUUGAGGUUGAGACAAAAAAUUCCAUCUGUCUUGAUGGUUCUGAGUUCCACAUUCACCUUUGGAGGGCUUCCAAAGGAGAACUAUUCGAAGGCCUUUUCGCCCCUAGCUGAAAAGAAGGAGAUCAAAAGUAAAUACGAUGACCUACUGGAUUUAUACUACGAUGGUAUAUUACAAGUGCUAAGUUCCAUUCCAGAUCCCGUUUAUAACGUGGCCAAAUUGGAUGUGUCUGAAUCUAAAUCCUCUGCCGCCGAAACUGAAGCUGAAAGGCAAGCUGCCGAAAAGAAGGCAAAGGAGGAAGCCAAGGCAAAAGAAACCACUAUACCGAAGGAAGAGGCUGCAUCAAAAGAUGCGACCAUCGUGGCUACUACUCCAGCAGUCACUCCUAAGCUAGUCAUGGUUAACGAAAAGACAGAAACAGCAAACGCAGAGACAAAACCAAAAGAAAAUGAGGAAGCGGCAGCUGCCGAUUCCGUGGAAGCCACAGAGGCAGACAAGAAGAAAACCUCUGACGACAAUGAGUUCAAAUUGAACGUCUUGAAGGAGCAGGAAGAACUAAUCAAGAAGGAAGAGGAGGAAGCCAAGCAAAGAGCUUCGAGAGAGCACGUCCCUGAUGAUAUCAACCUAGAUGAGGAAGAAGAAGCUAAGUCUGUGCCUCCUAUCCCGGCCGGUCAAGCUGCAAAGACUUCCGUUGUUAAGAAAGAUCAAUGA